CCAGAGCACACACCCUCAACCGCUUUGUUCUAGUGUGAAUGGAUGUUUUUGUUUUUCCAGGCAGCAAAAAAGCCACAGGUUGUGCUCAAAGUGCUCAGCAAGCACCUACUGUGUGUCAGAACAGUGCUGGGUGCUGCAGGAGGGUGUGGCCAAGAACAACAGAAAGACCACUGGGGCUCAGAUUGGCCUGAGACGUGACCAUUUUCCAGCCCGUGCCUUGUGAGGUUGGCAUGCAGGAUGGCAGGACAGCCCAGCCACAUGCCCCACGGAGGGAGCCCGAACAACCUGUGCCAUGCCCCGGGGCCUGCGCCCCCUCCUGACCCACAGAGGCACCCGAAUGCCCUGUCUUUUCGCUGCUCACUGGCAGACUUCCAGAUCGAGAAGAAGAUAGGCCGAGGGCAGUUCAGCGAGGUGUACAAGGCCACCUGCCUGCUGGACAGGAAGACGGUGGCUCUGAAGAAGGUGCAGAUAUUUGAGAUGAUGGACGCCAAGGCCAGGCAGGACUGCGUCAAGGAGAUCGGCCUCCUGAAGCAACUGAACCAUCCGAACAUCAUCAAGUAUCUGGACUCGUUUAUCGAGGACAACGAGCUGAACAUCGUGCUGGAGCUGGCCGACGCGGGCGACCUCUCGCAGAUGAUCAAGUACUUCAAGAAGCAGAAGCGGCUCAUCCCCGAGAGGACGGUGUGGAAGUACUUCGUACAGCUGUGCAGCGCCGUGGAGCACAUGCACUCCCGCAGAGUAAUGCACCGAGACAUCAAGCCUGCCAACGUGUUCAUCACAGCCACGGGCAUCGUGAAGCUUGGUGACCUCGGCCUGGGCCGCUUCUUCAGCUCCGAGACCACGGCAGCCCACUCGCUAGUGGGGACGCCGUACUACAUGUCACCGGAGAGGAUCCAUGAGAACGGCUACAACUUCAAAUCCGACAUCUGGUCUCUGGGCUGUUUGCUGUACGAGAUGGCAGCUCUCCAGAGCCCCUUCUAUGGGGAUAAAAUGAACCUCUUCUCCCUCUGCCAGAAGAUCGAGCAAUGUGAUUACCCGCCACUCCCUGGAGAACAUUACUCUGAGAAGUUACGAGAACUGGUCAGUAUGUGCAUCCACCCCGACCCCAACCAGAGACCCGACAUCGGCUACGUGCACCAGGUGGCCAAACAGAUGCACGGGUGGACUUCAAGCACCUGAAGGCGGACACAGCGUGCCUUCCCAGAGCCAGCAACCACUUUGCCUUACCUGAGUCUUCUCUCCAAAGUGGCCACCUGGUCGCCUAGAUCAACUAAGACACGAGGGUUCAGCAGGUGCCCCAAAGGGGGCCGGGCUUUGCAGCAGACGCUGAAUGCAGAGCAGCUGGGGGGAGGGGCACUGGUCACCUGCGACCAGUGGGCAAAUUGCAAAGUCCUUUCUUUAACGGUUGUGGACAGUCUCAGCUGGGUUGUUAACAAGGUGGGUGGCUCAGCGAGCCACGGGUGCACCCCUUGUAUCUGGAUUGUAAUGUGAAUCUUUAGGGUAAUUCCUUCAGUGACCUGUCGAGUCUAUACCACCAGAACUGCAGGCGGCUGUGUGAUGCGUAGAGAGCCUUUGAAAACGGUUAGGAACAAGUUCAGUUUAGCUCUUAGACUCUGUUCAAACAAUCAAGCCGUGCGCUUAAUUUACUCUGUUGUAAAGGGAAAAGUGGAAAUAAUUUUUUUAAGUAGAGCGCAGAUUUUCCUAAUAUUUUUAUCUACGUUUAUAACUUGAUGAAUGACGAGGAGGAGAGCCCAGCGUCUGGCAUGGAGCUUCAGAAGGCAAACAGUAUUUGAAAGCUCAGCCGUCUUCUCUGAACCCCUGCUACGGACCAGGCCUUCCCUCACCUGCCUGAAUGCUGGCAGUUCACCUAACACCCAGUGUUAAGCGUUUUCCUCUGUGGGAAGGAGGCAUGGGAUAUGGAAAAUAUAAAUGUACAGUAUGCUCUCAGGCUGUUCUCUGUUCAAGUUCUGGUUCUGCAACUUCCUAGCAUGACCUUGGGCAAGUUUCUUAGCCUCUCUGAGCCUUAGUUUCCUCAUCUAUAAAGUGGGAUUCAUAAUAUCUGCCUUCAGGGUCGCUGACAGAUUUUGAAAUAAAACAUGCACGUUAUCUAGCACAUUGCAGACGAUCCGCAAAGGCUGCCACUCAGCCCUUCCCAAAACUGAGGUCCACGGACCGCGCAAGUCAAGAAUUAAUGUACGACUGUACUAUGUGUAGGAAGCCAGAAGUGUGCUCAUUUAUUUCUUGUUCCCAAAUAGGAUUAACUGUGAAGACUAAUUUAUAAAUGUGAACUUAAGGAAAACUCAAGCUCUGAAGGAAAUAGUUUGAAUUUUUGUUUUUAUACUCAAGUUAAUCCUCAAAUGGUCUAAGUUGUCAUCCACUGACUUGGUGACAGUUCAGCCCUCCAGACAGAGCACACGCCCGCCCGCUCUGCUGGUGUCCUGGUCAGGUGCUCUGAGUGCGGCCACCUCGCUGACCAGGCCUCCCUGGGGAUAAAGGCCUGGGGCUGGGCCACUGCCCCAUUUCCAUGUGUGAACUCUGUUCUACUGUAACACUGUCGGGUUUGAGAGAUUUUCUUCAGAUGCAACCUUUGCUUUGUACUUGUUCUCCGUGUUUGAAAUAAAAUGGGGUAAGAGGGGUUA